AUGGCCGACGAAGUUCAGCAGCUGAACAGGGCCUUCUCAGGCCUUGGCGGGCUCGGCGUGGAUGAGCCGACGAUGGUGUCGGCGCUGGCGCGGUGGCGCAAGCAGCCCGAGAAGCGGUCCGGGUUCCGCAAGGGCUUCCCGGGCUUCUUCAAGAGCCACGGCGAGAUCGACCGGUGCGAGGAGGAGUACAUGCUGCACCUGGCCGCCGAGUUCGCGCGGUUCAAGAACCUGAUGGUGCUGUGGGCGAUGCAUCCGUGGGAGCGCGACGCCCGGCUGGCGCACCACGUCCUCCACCAGCAGCACCCGGCCGCCAUCGUCGUGGAGGUGGCCUGCACGCGGUCCGCCGACGAGCUGCUGGGCGCGCGCCGGGCGUACCAGGCGCUCUUCCACCACUCCCUCGAAGAGGACGUCGCGUACCGCGCCAGGGACAAGCCCUACUGCAGCCUGCUGGUCGGGCUGGUGACCGCGUACCGGUACGAGGGUCCGCGGGUGAACGAGGAGGUGGCGAAGGCGGAGGCCAAGGCACUGGGCGCCGCCGCGAAGAGCGCGGAUGGCGGCGGCGGCUCCGGGAAGAAGCUGGUGGAGAACGACGAGGUGGUCCGGAUCCUGACCACCAGGAGCAAGCCCCACCUCGUGGAGACCUUCAAGUACUACAAGGAGAUGCACGGCAGGCACGUGGAGGAGGACCUGAGCCAGAGCAGCGGGGAGGAGACCCUGCUGGAGACCGUGCUGUGCCUCGCCGCGCCGGCCAAGUACUUCAGCCAGGUGAUCGAGGGCGCGCUGAGGGACGGCGCGGACCACCACGCGAAGGAGGCCCUGACGAGGGUGGCCGUGACGCGGUCGGACCACGACAUGGACGACAUCAGAGCCGCCUACCACCAGCAGUUCGGGGCCAAGCUGGAGGACGCCAUCGCGGCCAAGGCGCACGGGCACUACAGGGACGCGCUGCUCUCCUUGGUGGGCGCCGGCAAAUGA